UCCCCCUGGCUUGGCAGCUAGUUUGACUGGCGUGCGACGCCCACCAACAACGCUGCACGUUUCUCUCCUGCACACUGCGUACAGCGACUUUUUCAUCAGUAAAAAAACGACUGGCCACUGGUCUGAGUGGCCGUUGCUUUGUCCUCGCCCCAUGGCUGGAGCGUGCUGCAAAUGUUCCACGUCUCUGUCGGUGUUCAAACGCUCUCUGUCCGUCACCUCACGGGGGUCCGGUCCUGCCUCGCGACCGAUCCAUACGUGGGGAAGGCUGGGCGAGAGAGGUGUGCACGAGGGGUGUCUGGCGGCUCGUCCCUCCGCACUGAAAGCGGCUAGCUCUUACCGACACCCUGUGUUUCUCUGCUUCUCCUAUCAGGAAUCCAUGAGCGAGAGCUUGCGGACAUGCUACGUCUACCUCAAUCAGACCAGCCGAAGUUUCGCAGCCGUCAUCCAAGCGCUGGACGGAGAGUUAAGGCAUGCGGUGUGCAUCUUCUACCUGGUGCUGCGCGCUCUGGACACGGUGGAGGACGACAUGAGCAUUCCGCUGGAGCGCAAGGUUCCCAUGCUCACGGGCUUCCACAGCUUCCUGUACCAGCCUGACUGGAGCUUCAGCGACAGCCAGGAGAAGGACCGCCAGGUGCUGCAGGACUUCCCCACGAUCUCGGUGGAGUUCCGUAACCUGGGGCAGGAGUACCAGGAUGUGAUCGUGGACAUCUGCCACCGCAUGGGUGUGGGGAUGGCCGAGUUUCUAGAGAAGAAAGUAGGAUCCAUGGCAGAGUGGGAUAGGUACUGUCACUACGUGGCUGGCCUGGUGGGCGUGGGCUUGUCUCGGCUCUUCUCGGCGUCGCGGCUGGAGGAUGCGGAGGUGGGCGGGGACUCUGAGCUGGCCAACUCCAUGGGGCUGUUCCUGCAGAAGACCAACAUCAUUAGGGACUAUCUGGAGGAUACACGCGAGGGCCGCGCCUUCUGGCCAGAGGAGGCCUGGAGUAAGUUUGCGUCUCGUCUGGAGGACUUUGCUGAGCCGCAUCAGCUGACCGCUGGGCUGGGCUGCCUCAACAUGCUGGUGACCGACGCACUGCGCCACGUCCCCGACGUCAUCAGCUACCUGGAACGCCUCCGCAACCAGUCCGUCUUCAACUUCUGUGCCAUCCCACAGGUGAUGGCGAUAGCGACGCUGUCUGCGUGCUACAACAACCCCAUGGUGUUCCAGGGAGUGGUGAAGAUCCGCAAGGGCCAGGCAGUCACGCUCAUGAUGCAGGCCACCAACAUGGGGGCAGUGAAGGGCAUCAUCGCCCAGUACAGCCAGGAGAUGCUGCAGAAGGUGUGUGUGUCAGACCCGUCUUGCGAGCGCACUCUGCACGUGCUCAGUGUGAUCCGUGAGCGCACGCUGUGUGAAGACUCGUUGGCGUCGCGUGCGCCUCACCUGUCCCCCGUUUACCUGUCAGCCGCCAUGCUGCUGGCCGCGCUCAGCUGGCAGUACCUGAGCGCCACGGCAACCGCAUCCGCCCCCCCCGGCUCCACCGACAUGCAGGGCCACUGAGCAUGCCCAGACCUCGUCACCACCCAGCUCUACUGAGCAUGCCCAGACCUCGUCACCACCCAGCUCUACUGAGCAUGCCCAGACCUCGUCACCACCCAGCUCUACUGAGCAUGCCCAGACCUCAUCACUACCCCCCCGGCUCUACUGAGCAUGCCCAGACCUCGUCACCACCCAGCUCUACUGGGCAUGCCCAGACCUCAUCACUACCCCCCCCGGCUCUACUGAGCACGCUCAGACCUCAUCACCACCCCCCGGCUCCACUUGGCAUGCCCAGACCUCAUCACCAGACCAACAUGCAGGGCCACUGAGCCCCCCCCCCCUCCCCCCCACUGGACCGGAGACCAGUGACUACCAAGAGUCGUAGUUACUUACUACAGGGUGUGUGUGUAUGUGUAUGAGCAAGUGUGUGUGUGGAAGUGCAUAUAUGUUUGUGUAUGGGAGAGUCUGUCUGUGUGUCUUUAUGAGAGAGACAGAGAGAGUGUGUGUGUAUGUGUCUUGGUCAGUCACUGGAGUCUGUCUGGUUGGAUUGAGUUUGAAAUGUGCUGGAUGUGUUCCAGUAGACACUAGUUCUCCUCACAUUGUUUGCUUGUUUGUUUGUUUGUUUACAGUUUUAAGUAAAUAAUGAAGCAUUUGC